AUGGAGUCUCCCUAUCGCUACAAGCUCGAUCCCAUCAAGACCCCUGGCUACUGUCAUGUCGAUGGACUGACUGAAGAAAGCGCCAAGGUGGCAAGCCUUAUCCUUCAGUCGAACCGAACAGCAUACCAUGUUUUCACAACUGACUUUGACAUAAUGGGUGCCUAUCUCCAUAAUCACAUUGUGCAUCACGUCUUGACCCUCUGGGCCCUGGGGGCUGAUCCUGAUACCAUGAUCACUCACAAGAAAAAUAACGAGAACUAUCAACUUCUGCCUCGAAAAUUCCCCGACGACCACAUUGUCGAAGAAAUGGACACCCCUGAAGGAUUUACAAAAUACGUUGGUAGCCAAGAUCACUUUCUGGACUUUGUUACAUUCUUCGAACGCAAAAUUGAGAAGAUUGGGUAUCAAGCUGUCCUGCAGGAAUACAUGGUCGGCGGAUCUUCUCUCGCCGAUGACAUUCUCGGCCGGAUGUAUCAUGGAUACGUCCACUCUUUCAUGUACGUUGGCCAGGCACUCGAAUUCAAACAGCUACCACUAUUGGCUGAAGGGUUAGCACAAGCCGCCUCUCACGACGACAUGUAUUACAACGAAUUCCUUUUCCAUGUGGAGAAGAAAGCCGCUCUCCAAGAAGAGCCUCGUCUCUCGCUAGCAGAUUGUGCCGAAGAAUGUCGAAAGGACCCGGUGAUUUUGAACUGUUCCAGUAUCGACGUGCAUCGUCAAGUGGUCAGCGGCUCGUGGAAGGUCGAAAAAGAGAUGAUUCGCGACUACGUGUGUGGCCGGGCGUUCGACGAAAUGGCACAGGUCUGCGCGCGCUAUCGCGUUGAUCCCAACGAUGAUCUCGAGCGUGCGACUGCAGAGCUAAUCAAUGCAGCUGUUUGGAUUGCGGCAUCGGCCCAACGCGCCCCAUAUCAAUGCCACUUUGACUUCUUCCUGAUCCACGGGAGUAACGCUGCAAUUUGGCAGACAGCCAUGACGAACGAGGCCUCGUUCACUCGAGAGCAAAAGGCACGUCUGAUCGAAUACACCGGUCGGACAGUCCUAAUGCUGUAUGCUGGAAUGGGAUCACCUGAAGCAAACAUCGAUUGGCUCCUCUCACAGUCGCCUAAGGAGCCAGGUGCUGAUUGGAACCGUGUAUUGAAGCGAGGCUGCGAGCAUCCCGAUGACGGGCACAUGAUCAAACUGAUUCGUGUUAUUCGUCACGCACAGAAAGUAUCUGCUCCAUACGAGGAUGAUGCAGAUUUCCGGAUGAAGAAGCAUAUGUUUUUGCCUGCGGCACAGGCUGCUAUUGAUUCGGGAUCUGAUAAGCCCAUGUCUGGAGUUCUUCAUUUUGACUUCGUACGUGGGUGUGCUUUCCCAGAGGCAUGGGAGAAGUACCCUGUGAGGAACUAA